AUGCUACGAUAUUCGGCUCGACAGUACAGUCAGGUGCGGCAUAAGCUUGCCCAGUAUACCAAAACCGGGCACGUUGACCGACUGGUAUCGUUGAAAGGAUUCCAGCCAGCACCGAUCUCGCUCCAAAAGCUUUUACUCCAGUUGCAACAGCGCUAUGACGCUCAUAAAUGGCAGUAUCCCGAUGGCCGAGGGUUCAGCAUCGCCAAACUCCGACCCAGCGACUUGAAAACCGACUCCGACAAGGCGAAGGUGUUGUUUGAUAACUUGGUCCAGUUCAAACGACUCGCCAAAACGCUGCCGCCACCGCAGUUGAUGACAACAUUGCUCGGUGUGACCACGGAACAAUUGAAAGAUGAGUUUGUUGUAACCAAAAGCGUUGCCGGUUUACUUAAACGGGACGGUGAUAGUGCUCGGGCAGAAUACCUUGCUCGCAUGGCGGGAGCUAAGGGCACGGUGGCUAUGAAUCAGAUCAUGCAGUGGCAUUUGGAACGAGGGAAGAUCGAUGACGCCAUGCGGUGUUUCAACAACCGCAAGAAGUGGAACAUCCCAGCCAAUGACCAAACGUAUAUCAUCUUAUUUACUGGGUUGGCUCGGUCUGUUGAAUGGGGUAAGGCCUCAGCAGCGCUUGUGGAAAAAGCUCAGGGCAUUUAUGAUCGAGUUGACCUUCAUGCCGAAAACAAAACGGCUACGUUUAAUGCUUUACUUUCACUUGUGGUGAAGAAUUUCGAUGACAACCAAAGAUUGGCGUGGGACCUUUUCGACAAGGUGAUCCCCGAUGCGCAAGGGAAAGUGGAGGUGAUCCCGGAUUGUCAGCUGUUUACAGUGCUUCUCAACGGGGUGAAGAAGAAAAUUGAACGGUCCAUGGAAGCCAUCAGAAAUGAUAGACACAUGGCGGUGACUACUAAGCAAGAGAAGAUCAGUGAGCUCGAAGCAAGAUUAAUCUCUACCGCCGAACUUAUCUACUCGAAGGUGGUGAAGGGGGCGACUCCUCCCGUUCCUCCUACUGAGGCUGAGGCUAAUGAGGAUCCUGGUGUGCUCGCUCUAUACCGCCAGAAAUCCAAGCGAAAACUCAUUUCGAUUGAUGAAGCAUUUGUGUCGGUGUUUGUUAGUUGUUUCAUUAACAAGGAGAGUCCCGUUCAAUACACUGUUCGUGGUCUUGAGUAUCUCAUGGCAUUCAAUCCUGAAAUCAGGAUGUUGGUUGGCAGUCUUGGUGAUAACGCAUUGAAGCCGACCCGUCAAAUGGAUACUGACGAACAAAAGACGCUUCCAUUAGCGCCACUCAAUUUUGACAAAGUGAAUCCGAUGGUGGUGUUCCCUCCACCGGCGACGCUGAAGAACAAAAAGCGAGCAAUCUUCUCCAAUAAAAGGAAGCCCCUUGUCGACUUCACUCGGCCGAAUUUUGAUGAUAUUCGAGCUACCCAGUUGGAUAAGCAAUACCAGAUUACGAAAGGACGCUUUGGUAAGAAGCUCCCUCCAAGCAAGAGCGCAAGGAUCUCCGCUGAACCCAGUGCUCCCAAAAUCAAUCGCUUUCAUUUACAAUUAAUAAUUGACGCCUUGCUCAAGCUUGGAAGAAUUAAUGAGUUUGAGUCGACCAUGUGGUAUGUGUUACUGCGUUAUGGUGAUAUCCGUCUCCCCAAAGAAAACGACAACGCCUUGCCGUCAGUGCCAUCACUUGAAGAUGUUGUACCUCCGAUGAAAACCGAACCUGUCAGUGGGGAGAUUUCUGGAUUUGUUGAGGGUGCAAUUGACAUCGGCUUGGUGGAGAAUUUCAUAUUCAAAAUGAAUACGUAUGGGCGAAAACAUGGUCAACUGUCGAUUCAAGAUAUCGUGACAAUGUUUGCUGCGUUGGUCAACCCCAAAUAUAAUCCGAAUCGUGAGCUUGAAGUUCGUCUGGCGACUAUCGAUGGUGUGUUUGCAGCGUUGGUGACCACUCUCCACUACUAUCAUGAUUACACUAUGAACGAGCUCAAAAAGCAAAAAGUGCCUAAUGUUCCUCGCAAGCUGAUUACCGAUGCUCAGCUUAAAGAGUUCAUGUCUGCUUUUGUUGGGUUUAUCGAUCUGUUGGUGGCUCACUACAGCGGUGAACGAGUGAACCCCACGUAUUUGCUUCCCAACUACAACAUUGAUCUGUUUAACAAGAUUAUUGACCGGUUGUACAAUACCACUUGGAUGAAAUAUGGUACCGUAGUACCCAUGGAUGAACGUGAUCAGACACUGACCCACAGAUACAUCAUCAAAGCGGGUAUUCUUCAUUACACUCCCAGGGCGUUACAGAACCCCUUGGAAAAGUUGACGCUGACGGAGAUUGCCCCGUCCAUCACUGCUGUGUACAAUAAUUUGAAAGACCGUGAUGAUCUUUCCAAGGAUGAGGCUCAACUCAUGGUGAAAUUGCGGUCUCUUCUUCAGCUUCGGACCAAUGACCAGGCGAACCAGGACAAGUUGCGGCAUCUACGCUCUGCCAUUCGUCAAAUUGUUUAA